UCAUCGGGUCGGCCCACGCUUGAUCUCAGCCAGAAAGAAUUCAAAAGCCUUGUUCCGAAUUCCAAAAUUUCCCUCCAAUGGUUCACUAGUGCAGUCCGAGGAGCGAACCCUAAAGUUGUAUUCUGGUUACCUUCCAGAGAACCGUGCCGUGAUCCAUGUCGCCCAAGGAUAAGCUGCAGCGGAGUGCCGGCGAAUUGGAGGAGGACACUUGCACGAGGAGGAAGAAGUCGAGGCGAGUCAGCUUCGCAGAGACUACCGUCCACGUUUUCAAACGUGAUGACGAGUCCGAGAGCCCGGCAAACUCAACUCCGGCUCCCAGCGAAGGUUUCGGACAUUCGGACAGUGAGGGGACGGUAGGUUUCAGAGGGCUUCAAUCUCAGGGCGAUGAUUCCGUGGAGUCCGCCCCUGAUGACGAAGGGAAGAAUGGUGCGCGGUUCAGGUUCGUAAGGGAUAUCGAUUUAUCUUCUCCAGGAAGCGCUGUUGGUUCUGUCACGUCUAAUGAGGACGACAAUUUCUUUGGGCCUGUAUCCACGAGCUUUAUCAACUCUGGCCAUCUAAGCGAGUCUGGAAUGCCAGAUGACAACAGUCAUGACAUUACACUAGAUUCGACAGCCUUCUCCUUGCAUUUCAGGAACAUAGCUCCUCCGGAUGACCAGUCAGUUAAUUCUGCGGGAAGCCUGAGAACGCCUAUCGGAGACACAAUGCCUACAAUGCCUCUGGGCUUCUUUGUUGGAAGCGAUCAGACUGAGAAACUGUCAAGUAAAUGUUCUGUUGGUGAAAAGAGCAAUGUUUCUGGGGAUCGAAAUAAUAUUAAUCUGAAUAUUGGUGGGUUUCGCAGUCAUGAAUAUGGGAAGUUGUCUCAUUCGUUGGAAGCACUCAUGGAUGAAGUAAACUUGAGAGUGCAACAAAAAUCUCCAAUCGGAGAUUGUAGAUUUAUAAUUUCUAGUAGUCAAACUGAUAAAGUUGGAGGCAUUAGGAAACUGUGGAAGGAUGGAGAAGAGGUUGGUAAUCAGAAUUCUUGCUGUGAUGAACCUGGUCAUGUUAUUCCCUGCUCAGUCUCUCCAAUGGGACUUCCAAUAAGCAAUGAAUCCUUGUUGCAUGCAAAAGAUAAAGCAUUAGCAAGUCACUCAAACAGUGAGCAAAUAAAGGAAAUGUUUUCUCCUGUGUCUGUUGAUAGAGUUGGGAAAGGCUAUGAAGCGGUUCAUCCUGAAGUUAUCAUUGCCAAUGGUGAUAACUCUAAGCUGCUGUCUCUCUCGCCUGGAAAGUUACAGAAUGAUUUGAACGGGCAAGGUUGCCGUGUUAACAAAGAGUCAUUUAGAUGUACAACAAGUGAAGGCAAAAGCCAUCCUGAUUCAAACCUCCACUCCAUUUCAAGUGUUCUAUCAAUAUCAGAUGAUGUCAAACAAAAGUUGGAUUCUGUCAGUAUAGCACAUACUCCUAAGAAUGCGACUAAAUUAUUCCAUACUUCUGCUCUCCAAGAAAUUACGCCAUCUUCACACGGCUGGGAGCAGCAGCACUUUCUUAGUCAAACUGUUCCACCUUCAAGUAAAUUUUUGGCUAUGCCAGCUAGAGAAAAACUUGCUUUUCGUAUGCAGACCCCUGUUAAUGCUGUUAAGGCAUUCCAGUUUUCUUCAUUCAAAGGGUCUACAUCCUCUUUCAAGGUCGGACAGCUGCAGACACUAAAUUUUUCUCCUCUUUCCCAAAGUGAAUUGAUGCAUGAUGCUGCUAGGCAGCAAUCUGAUUAUCUGAGAUGGGAACUCAUGGGACGUGGAGAAAGUAUUUCUGCAAGUAAGAAUCAUAUAACUACGUCAAAUGUUAAAUCAAGAAUGCAGUCUGAUUAUGGCCCAGCACCAUCAUGUAAUGAUCUUUUUGUCACUGCUUUUCAGAGUACUCCGAAUGAUAUUUGUGAUGAUCAUAACAUGAAACUUGCAGGUGUCUCUGAUGUGAAUCUGGGUACUACCAAAGUAAAUGCUGCUGAACAGAUGGAAGGUAUGAACAUCGUCAGGGAUGUUAAUUGUCCGGGGAAUAUUAGUUGUUUGACAAAACCUGAAGAAAAUUCUGCCCUGGAAAGUAUGAGCAUCACUAUGGAGACCCCUGAUAAUGCUGUUAAAACAUGCCCGUUUUCUACAUUGAAAAGUUCUAUAUCCUCUUACCAGGACAAACAAAGGAAGCUACAAUAUCGUUCUGUAAUGUCCCAAGGUGAAUCACUGCAUAGUCCUGCUAGAGAGCUAUCUGCUUCUCUGAAAAUGGAACUCAAAGUGCACGAUGAAAGAAUUUCCGCCAUCAAGACUAGUAUAACUAGAUCGGGAUUUAAAUCAAAAGUGCAAACUGAUUGUGAAGCUGCACCAUUAAUAAAGGAUCUUUUUAUUACUAAUCUUCAGUGUUAUCUGAAUGAAAUUGAUCCUUACAAGAAACAUGUGGGAGCCUCUGAUGUGAAUGGUGAUCCUAACGGCCUAACUGCUGUUGAACAGAUGGAAGGGUUGGACAUUGUUAAGGAUCUGAAUAAUUCUAGCAGUUGUUUGACAGGACUAAAUAAAAAUGUAGCUUUUAUGGAAACUGUUGAAAGAGAUCAAUCAGAAAAAUGCAUAGAAUUUUUCUGUGAUAGUUCUCUUAAGCUGCCCUAUACCCUUGGUCAAUCUCCUUCUUCAAUAGACCAAAUUGAAGCUGAUCUGAAAGAAUCAAAUAAGGACAUAUCAAGAAAGUAUGCAUUACCAAAUAAAGAAAAAGCAACUAUAUCUUUGAAGGGUCACUUCACUUCAGGAGUUGAUGAAACUAGUUCAAGUGACUUGCUUGAACGCAAGAGCUUGCAGCCUGCUGCUUGUCUUGUAAGUCCUUCUGUAGAAAAGUUGAGUAAUGGCAAAAUACUGAACUUACCUGUGAGUAGCGGUACCUCGGUGCAUUAUGGAAAAACUGGCAUAGAUUCAAGAAGUUUCCAUGUUGGAGGCUUGUACUAUAACAAAAACUUAAAUGAAAAUUCAGCAAACAGACCAAACAAAGUCAUUGAAAGACCGAUGAGUGAUCCUUCUAAAGCACCUGGAGUGGUUCUGGAGGCCAAUACAACCUUAAACAAAUCAUUAGAGGAUACAGAGUUUCAACAGGGGACAAAUUGUCGCUGUGAUAUUGCAGUCGUUGGAGAAAUAGGAAAUAAACAAACAUGUCACACAGAGAAUGCUGGUUACAGUGAAAGUUACAGAAUGCAGAACAGUCCAGUUAAUGUGCCUAAUGUCGUAGGUGAUUCUUUGAUUCUUUUAGCAGAUCAUAUGCAUCACGACGAAGCAUUGGAUAUUGCAGGCAAGGCAACAUUGAAGUGCUGGACUGAUGUAUUCUCCAAAUUAUCUGAUUCAACCAACCACCUGCUGCCACAGUCAAUAUCUGAACUAAAUUUACAGAAGCUUGAUGAUAUGGAAAAUUUUCUGGAUGAGCUACAGACUGCCAGGAACUAUGAGGGGCUUUGUAUUACCUUGAGAAAUAAAGAGUGCUAUGGUCAUCCGCACCAGAAGAGGGUCAUUGAUGCAAGAUUCUUGCUCGAAAAGCUUGGAAUUGCUAAAGCAAGAAAACAGUUGAAGUGCAUGAAGUUAAAAAAAAUACGUGAUAAAGCACAAAUUUUACAAUCCCAAGUUGAGGAAUUUGACAAACUGAAGUCAAAUUACGCUCAAACGCGUGACCUUUGCACAAGAGUUGUUGAAUCGGAUGAGUCGUCUUACUACAAAAAUAAGAUGCAUGAGAUGAAACCGGAAGAACAGAACAGACUGAUGGCAAUGAAACAAGAGCUUGGAAUUCUUGAACAAAAUAUCAAGCUUUUAUUGAAAUCAUUUGAAGCUUCUUGUAAGCUAACAUGGAAAAUGAGCUGCAAUGACAUCAUUAAAGCAGUUGAUGAGCAAGUAAUGAGAAGACAGUUUUGCAAGGAGAUUCAAAGACAUUGUCGGCUAUGGAGUUUGCACGAUGUAGUUAUGGUGAACGGCCAUUAUGAGAUCACGCUUGGUUAUUGUAAUCUACUCUUUCAAAGGUUCACAUUAAACAAUAGUAGGUUUUCAAGCAUAGUUGCUAAUAUCUUUUCCGAUGCUGCAAAUAUUAUAAAGAAAUACCCAAACAUGAAUGCAUGCAUAGCCUUUGAGUUCGUCUUUAAACUCAAUGUUGAUCAGAAGUUUGCCGGUUCAAAUUGUAUUUACGAGAGGAUAGUGGAGACCAAUCUACUUAUGGGUACGCUAAUUGUUGUGCUUGAGGAAAUUCUUUUAUCACGGUUGGAAUUGCUGAACCUGAUAUUUUCAACUUUUCUGAAGCAGUCUUCAGGUGAGCUUGAACUUCAACUCUGUUUCUACAGUUCCAGCUGCGGUAGGAAACUCAUUAUGGCCAUUGAUAUGAGCAGCUUGAACUGUUGGAUCUAUCCAUCUGAUCCAUCCGAGUUGAAGAUAAAGGUUUGCGAGCCGCAGACAACUCUCCCAUCAUCCAUUGUGAAUAAGGCCAUUGGUGCGGUUCGAAGCCUCGAGUGUGGCCAUCUCAUGAUCCUUAGGUUAUGCAGAUCUGUUUCGCAGGUUAUUCAGUUCUCUACCUGACCCCUUACGCUUCUCAUGCUGGUAUGUUUAUGCGUCAGUGACUUGCUGGAAUAGGUUGGACAGCCAUUAUAUGAAGCAAAAAAAAAAAAAAUCCCCUCAUAGGUCAGGCUUAUAUUGUGUCUAAUUCUUAUUAUGAUGAGUUAAUUAACAUGUGAACAUUUUUAUGAGAUUUAUCUAAAUAUCUUAUAAUUCUUAUAUA